AUCACUUAAGACGGUUAGCUUAGCGAAUUGAUGUGUGGUUAAGUCUGCUUGCACUGGCGUGUUGUGAUAAUAUUUCAUGCCGUGCGCGCCAUUCUGCCACGCGAAGCAAACUGAGCGUGGGCAAGAGUUCUUUGUAUACACAUAUAGAGUGCUAGUUGUCACUGAGUUGAGAUCACUUCGUGGGAACACAAGACGUAUAAACUUUAGCUGUGUUUAAAAAGUGCAUUCAUCUGGAUCUAUAUGCCAUAGUUUAGUAUCGUACACUUCACUGUAAUAUGAAUCAAGAAUAGGCUGAUUACAGCUUUAGGUGUUAAUUAAUACCAAGAUAUUUCUCGUCAUGGCUCGUGCACUAGUGGUGACGUUACUAGCGUUAUACUUCAGCACAUCGCAUCAACGAGGAUGGCAACAAGUCCAGGCCCAAGUGCUAAAUACACGAGUGUCCGAACACGACUUGAACCUAAUACCACAGCAUAACCUGUGUGAACCCAUUACAGUACCACUAUGUAAAGAUAUCGAGUAUAACCAGACCAUGAUGCCAAACCUGCUUAAUCAUCAGAAACAAGAAGACGCUGGUCUUGAAGUUCACCAGUUUUUCCCUUUAGUGAAGGUAAAGUGUAGUCCAGAUUUACAGUUCUUCUUGUGUUCUAUGUACACUCCUGUUUGUACCAUCUUGCCUCACCCUCUUCCCCCGUGUCGCUCAUUGUGUCAAUCAGCAAGGAAUGGUUGUGAAAGUCUGAUGAAUAAGUUUGGAUUUCGUUGGCCAGAGACUUUGGAAUGUGAAAAGUUCCCAGAAGCUGGAGGAUCCGAACUUUGUGUAGGUCAGAACGACACAGAAAAGUCCAGCCGCGCUGCUACUUCUUCGCCUUUUCCUCAUGGCACUUCCGGGAGGAAACCGACCGCUGGUAAGGAAUUUAUAUGUCCAACAGAAUUUCGAGUUCCUAAAGGACUCGAUUAUGUAGUUCGCAUUGGUAGAAAGGAAGAGAAGAACUGUGGAUUGCCUUGUUAUGGCAUGUUUUUUAGAGAUGAGGAACGAAAUUUUUCUCGAGUUUGGAUAGGUACAUGGGCCUUUCUGUGCUUGUUUUCUACACUUUUUACAGUACUUACAUUUAUAGUGGACAUGAAGAGAUUCCGUUAUCCUGAGAGGCCAAUUAUAUGUUUAUCCUUUUGUUAUUUCAUGAUAGCAUUGACGUACGUUGUUGGAUUUCUGCUCGGUGAUGAUGUAUCAUGUAAUAAACCGUUCGAUCCACCAGAGAUCGAGGCUGGAGCUAAGAUGAUUAAUACGAUCGCUCAGGGUAAUAAAAAAGAAAGUUGUACAAUCCUUUUCAUGAUGCUCUACUUCUUUAGUAUGGCCAGCUCCAUUUGGUGGGUAACUUUGACUCUAACAUGGUUUCUAUCAGCGGGUCUGAAGUGGGGUCAUGAAGCUAUUGAAAAACAUUCGCAUUAUUUCCAUGCAAUAGCGUGGACAGUUCCAGCCAUAAAGACCAUUACUGUUCUUGCUAUGGCUAAAGUAGAAGGAGACGUUUUAAGUGGUGUUUGUUACGUGGGAAUUUGGGAUGUCGAGGCACUAAGGGGAUUUGUCUUGGCACCACUGGUUUUCUAUUUAGGAUUAGGAACAUUGUUCCUGUUGGCAGGAUUUGUAUCCCUCUGUCGCAUCCGUACUGUCAUGAAGCACGACGGGACGAAGACGGAUAAGCUUGAAAAACUGAUGAUACGUAUAGGAAUCUUCUCGGUACUGUACACCGUACCAGCUAUCAUAGUUCUAGCCUGCUAUUUUUACGAGCAGACGUAUUUCGAAUCAUGGAUGCUGUCGUGGCAAAGGGAGAAUUGCCAAAAACGCAUGUACAGUAUCCCUUGUCCCCCGAAAGACUUGCUGAGGACAGAAGGUUACUGGCCUAAGCCAGAUUUUGCCGUUUUUAUGAUAAAAUACUUAAUGACAUUAGUUGUGGGUAUCACAUCAGGGUUCUGGAUAUGGUCAGGGAAGACGUGCAACUCCUGGCGGAACUUUUAUCAGAAGAUUUGUCAUCGAAUGGUCAGUCAGGAAGCUUACGUGUGACUUACACUUUAGGGUGAACAGUGCUACAUGUAAAUCAUAGGAUGUAUAUUGUUGAUUUUUACAAAUAAUAUAUGCACGUGUAUAAUUGUACAACAUUACGAAUUGUGAGGGUUAAUCCAACAUUUUUUUUUAAAUUCAAAAACGAAAUUGUUGUGUUGAAGUAAUUUCUUGCAGUAUACCUAUAAGUAUGGAAAAGUACUUGUAGAUGUGAUGUAACGUCUAUGACUGACAUGAAUUAACACAUGUAAAAUAUCUACAUAUGAAGAAACUUAUGUGUAUUUUACGAUCAAUAUAACAAAGAAAUUUAUGUAAGUUUUAUGAUUAAUGUUGUUUAUUUUAUCUUUAGGAAUACUCAUUUCUAUACAGUCUAAAGGUGUGAAAUAUGUGACAUCUUUAAUACGUUUAGAAUGAAAUUUAAAUAGCAACUUAAGCUAAAUGCCCUAAAUUUCCAUCAAUAAAACUUCUUUAUAAAAAUAUAUCUUGUUAUGAAAGAUGGUAAUGGUAGAUUUUAUUUUUUUAUGUUUUCAAUUAUGUUAACAGUGUGUUAAAGUACUAAGAUUAAUUAGAAUUAAACUUUGAACAAAUCUUAUUUAUUUCGAAUUAAUCAUUAAACAUACGGUAUCGAAUUUUUUGUUUAACGAAAAUAAAGACAAGUGUUUCUUUUAUAGAUGGGACUUUCAUUGCAACAGAAUAAAAUGUGAGACAGUUGAAUGUAUAAAGUAAGAUAUUUCAAAUUCCCAGAUUAUAUUCUUAAAAACACAAAAUAUGUUAUUUUCCAGUAGCGUGCUGCUUUUACUCUUGGCAAAUGUAAUUAUUCUACAAUAUACACUUAAGAACAAAUAUAUUUUAUGUUAAUUUUGGAUUCUGCUUUAUGAUUCUAUUAUCGAGGGAGUUGCAGCUAUUAAAAAGUAGUUUCGAACGUAAUUUUUAUUUCAUUUUGUAAUUUAUAUAAUUUUUGUUUACAUGCCGUUUCUUGUUUAUAUAUAAGAAAACAUGUCUGUAAGUGACGAUUCAUAUUAUGUUUGUGAGAGUGCCUUUGAAAUACUUCACCUUCUAAUAUGUUGCUCUACAGAAAUUUUCUUUAAGACAUAUAUGUUACUGUCGUAGAAGUAAUAUAAGAAUAUUUUAAGGUUACUUUCACUUUAUUCUAUGAUUGAGUAUUUCUAGUUUAGACUAUUUUUGUGCACCAGAAAACUCGUUUUGUGCAUUUAUAUAAUAUUUUUUCAGGGUAAUGGUUAUUAUUGAUGUAUUUUCUUAUGGUACCCCUGAAUUAACUUAUGUAAAAAAAUAUUGAUGUGACUGCAUUUUGAGACCAAAUGUAACUUAAUAACGAGCAGUUUAUUAGCUGUUUUAAGAUUUCAUAUCAAAAUUAUUUUAGUGGGUAAGUUUUGUCAACCUUUUUCUUGCAUUAAUUGGUUAAAUUUUAUAAUUUCUAAAACGAAAGGACAUUUUUAUUUAAGAAUGCAGUAAAAAUGUUUGACAGAAGCAAAAAUAUUCCAACUAUAAAACUGAAAUAAAUUUCUUUCUCCUUUUGAUUUGUGAAAAAUAAAAAAAUCGCUUUUUGUGUGUUUGUUAUUACGCGUAUUUUAAAUUCAUGUUUAAUAUAAAAUUAUUUUUCUCCACAGAUACUACGCAUGUCUUUAUUUACUCUUUUUGGCCCGGCAUGGCCAGGCGAUUAGGGCGCUCGACUCGCAAUCUGCGGGUCGCGGGUUCGUAUCCUCCUCACACCAAACAUGCUCGCCCUUUCAGGGGCGUUA